CCAAUUUCUCACUAAAGUGCAAUUUCUAACGUUCAACAUAAUAAAAUACUAGUUUUCAACUGUACUCAUCACGCAAAGUUAACAGGAGUUUUUCCUGAAGGAGCUACUAAUAAUCCUGGUGAUUUAUUCUUAAAUGGAAAUCUUCAGACUUGGAGAGGUUGGACCUCCUAAAGACGAUGAUUUUCAUCGCUUUAAGAUCUUCGUUAAAGACGAAAUAAACUGGAAACGCCGACAUAAAAAGAAGAAUGUAGAAGUUUUUACACGCUCAACCCCACAUACCAAUAUGAAAAUGAUCAAAGUUGUAGCCAUAUUUCCAGACGUAUCGUCGCAUGUGAUAUAUGACAUGUUGCAUGACAACGACUAUCGAUCAUUAUGGGACAAUACUAUGAAGGAGUCGACUGAAAUUUGCCGUAUUACAUGGAACUGUUCUAUCGAACAUUUCGGAUUCAGGGCACCAUUUGCGUUUGCUAAUCGCGACUUUGUUAUGUUGCGCGCGUGGCAACCAUAUGAAAAUGAAUACAUUAUAUUUAAUCGAUCAGUAUUCCACAAGAAAGUGCCUCCACGAUCAGAUUAUGUGCGGGCCCUGACAUUCAUUACUGGUUAUGUUAUUACUGCCCUUAGUCCUGUAUCAUGCCAAUUAAUGUAUUUAACGCAGAACGACCCGAGAGGUGAUAUUCCAUCAUGGGCAAUAAACCUAGCAACCACAAAGGUGGCUCCACGUCUUGUAAAGUCACUUCACCGAGCUGCUCUAUGCUACCCAGGUUGGAAAGCUCAAAACCGACCAGAAUUUAAACCAUGGCGAAAUCCUGAACAACAAGACAAAUCAGUACCUGCACUGUGUUAUAGUGAUAUUUUGAGGGAACCCGACUUUUCUCUAAAGAAGGUUCAUGAAAAACAUGUGAGCAAAGAAAAAGCCCUGAAGGAAGUUGGUUUACCGCUUGACACAAGGUUGGAUGAAGAUAGCUCCUAGUUAUUUAAUUUUAAUUAUGUUCUACUUGUUUAUUUUCAAACCAUGUUAUAUAACCUUUCAUAUGUAUUGGUUAGAUCAGGUUUAUUGAUUAAUCAAUUGAUUAUCUUAAAUGAUUUACUGUCUAUUAUCCUUGUAUUGGUGUUCCGUUAUGAUAUUCCCAGAUUCCAUGUAGUUCAAUAUUCUAAGAGGACAACAUAUAUUUAAAGUUUAAAUUUUUAAGAAAAU